UGGCGGCUCACGAUGUAGCAGUGUUCCGUGAGCUUCCAUCGCGUUCUGUUUGAGUCAGCGCUAGUAAGCUGCCUAUCGGACGCCAAAAAGUGCCUUCAUACGCGAGCGAGCGAAUCAAAAGGGAACGAGAAUGGCAAAUGACGGCCACGAGAAUGGCACGAGCAACGGGGAUGUGCCCGAGAUUGAGCUGAUUAUUAAGGCCUCGACGAUCGAUGGUCGCAGAAAGGGUGCCUGCCUCUUCUGCCAGGAGUACUUCAUGGACCUCUACCUACUGGCAGAACUGAAGACAAUCUCCCUGAAAGUGACAACAGUGGAUAUGCAGAAGCCGCCUCCAGAUUUCCGUACAAACUUCCAGGCGACGCCGCCUCCCAUACUUAUUGACAACGGGGACGCCAUCCUGGAGAACGAGAAGAUCGAGCGUCACAUCAUGAAGAACAUACCUGGCGGGCACAACCUCUUCGUCCAGGAUAAGGAAGUCGCGACUCUCGUCGAGAACCUCUUCAGUAAGCUGAAGUUGCUGUUGCUCAACGCCAAGGACAAGGACAAGGAUCCCAAGUCUUCGUCUCUGAUGGCCCAUCUACGUAAGAUUGACGAGCACCUGGGUCGCAAGGGCACGCGCUUCCUGACUGGCGACACCAUGUGCUGCUUCGACUGCGAGCUGAUGCCACGUUUGCAGCACAUCAGGGUCGCUGGCAAGUACUUCGCUGACUUCGAGAUCCCGGAAACCCUGGUUCACCUAUGGAGAUAUAUGCAUCAUAUGUAUAGGCUCGAUGCAUUCUUGCAGAGCUGUCCUGCCGAUCAGGAUAUCAUUAAUCAUUAUAAGUUGCAGCAGAGUAUGAAGAUGAAGAAGCAUGAGGAGCUGGAGACGCCUACCUUCACCACCAGCAUCCCCAUCGAGGUGAAUGAAGAUUAGACGGAUUGGGCUAUUGACGUCGGCAGGCUCGACGUCGUCGGCCCGACGGCGACCCGGCACCGUCCGCAAAUCCCAUACGUAGCGCAAAGAAAAAAAAAGGUUCCUGUCGCGCCCUUCAACGACCCAAUGCCAUCGUGGCUCGAUCGUGUCGACGCUGUUUCCUAAUCGGCACAUGUAUACACACACACAUACGCACCGUAAUACGUGCAUGCUAAUACACACCUGACACGCACGAGAUUACACGUGCGUGCACGCAUACACACGCGCUUACGCAUAUUCAUUAAAAGUGCAUCAAACUUAACGUAAAUGAAUUUAUGAAAUUAAUCAUAUACCGAUAAGGCCCGGUGCCGGACCUUAGAUCGACAAUGCUUCCUUUUUAUCGCAAGAGACACUUUCAAACAACCUUUAAAGCUUACGUAACCUCGGACAACUGAAUUCCACAAUUUUUUGUUCACUCCUUACACACCUGUUAUAUAUAUAUAUACAUAUAUAUUCCUGUACCCCUUAACCUACUUCCUUAAUUUUUCUUCCUAUCUAGUGUUGUCAUUCGCGCUUAUGUACCGGAAGUACAUAACUUCCAACUUCUUAAAGGUCUUCGACCUGUGCCCCUUGUCCCUUACUGAUUUCAUCAAACGUUUUCACUUGCUUGUGACGCGCAUCAUUACCUGAUUUAAGUGCUCUCGUAAAAAUCGGCGACGUUCAUGCCGGGACGUCCUUUUUUUGACAGGAAGAAGGAAGAAAUAAGUAAAGAGAAAACGUAGUACUGUGCCAAACUUGUCGAGGAAUAAUCACACGUUACCGGUAAUUGCAAUCCAUAAAAAAAAAAACAAUUUUUCGAAUACAAAGCGAGUUGCUCCUAAUCUCUUGCAAAAUGUUCAUCUUUACUUACCAUGUACGAAUAUUUGUACUCGACUCUGUGUUUACUGGUAAUGAUUUUUUCUGUAAUCUGGCAGGACUCGCAAAUCAUUAGUCUCUAGUGAAAAGAUGAGACUUUUAGAAAAUCUUAUGAAACUUAGGAGUGAACCGUUUUGAAUUUUCUAUCAUUAUACGAUCUACAAGUCGGUAAUUCGUGCAAGUAUCAAUUUCACGAUUAUUUAUGCCAUUAAUUGACAGAUAUGAUCGUGUGGUACAUUCAGUCUUUACCAUCACACAUGACAAAUCAACGGACAUGGCAAUAAAGUAACUAGAUGAAGAAACGCGAAACAUCUCUCUUAUCUCUGCGUAUCCUUAUAGCGAGUCAAUGAUAAACGAUGACAAAUUUAACCAUCGCUAUUCUGUAUUAUUAUAUUAUAAAAUAUUGUAUUACUACAUUUUGGUUUAUAUUCUUAGGAGUCAAUAUACCAGUGUUUACAGUAA